AUGUUCAAGUUACCGAUUUUAGUAUUCUUGGCGUUUCUACAUUUCCUCAGCGCAGUUGAUGUUGAAGUUGUGAUUAAUCCGGCUGCAACUUCUCUCCAAAAGCCGAGCGGACAUCAGCUAUCGCUUGUGUGCUCAGUAAAGGGAGAUUUCAAUGAAAGACCUGGACUGAUGUGGAAAAAGCAUGGUGGCUUGGAAAAAACUGGUCAUGUAACCGUUCAACGCUUAGAUGACCGGACCAUGAGCUUGCUAAUCCGAAAUUCGAGCAGUGAUGACAGUGGUGUCUAUAUCUGUCAGGUACAAGUUGACGGGAAAACGGCAGCGAAAAAGAUUGAUGUUGUUUUCUUCGAAGAUCUUAAGUUUGUUGAGAAUGAGACUCAUUUUGGGGAAAUCCUUGCAACCGCUUCAGUCAACUUGUCAUGUGAAGUUACUGCCAAAAACCAUCAUCUUUCAACACUCUGGACACGUCAUGGAAAACAAAUUUCGGAAGGGGGAAAAUAUAAGUUUUAUAAGAAUCGCGCAAUUUUCGAGCUUAAAGACUACCAACCUGAUCAAGAUGCCGGCCAGUAUACGUGCGAAGUAACGGACAGUGUUGGUACUACUGCAAAUCGUAAAUUCUCGCUUGGAACACACUCACAGGAGAAAACCGUAUUCUGUCAAAAGAUGUGCACCGACGUAUGCUCCAGUAUGUACGACAAUAUGAAGAGAAAUGCGUUUUAA